AUGGUACCCCUUCCCUUUUACCAAACCCUGGGGACAAUCCUACCCCCCACACAACUGAUGGGCUUCUUUUCCGACAUGCAGAACCAGGAGUUCAUCAGGCUGACGCCAAAGCAAGUGGAGCAGAACAGAAACUGCAAGGAGCUGCGACCAGGUGUGCAGUGUCCAGGUGGUUCUCAGAUUCUGCUUCACAGAGAGUCUUGGGUCCGAGGAGGAUCAAUACCCACCAUGCCUGUGGAUCAGAAACUCAUACCCCUACCAGAACUUCACAGACACUGUACACCCAUCAACAUAACGCCAGCAGUUUCUCUCAGCCUCCUCCCCUCAUCUCGUUUAUGUGUCUGGUGGGAGAGAUGUAGCAAAAGGUACUCUGUGGCUGUGUACCUGGUGAAGGUGCUGUCCCCCUCAGACCUCAGUCAACUGAAGAGCCAAUCAGUGGAGAGUCUGACAUUCUGCAGAAAGCGCAUCCAGGAGAAGCUGAGUUUCGACCCAGAGUGUGAGGUGACCACAACAGGACUACAAGUGUCCCUUAUCUGUCCGCUGGGGAAGAUGAGUCUGUCAGUGCCCUGCAGGGGACGUAAGUGCGCCCACCUCCAAUGCUUCGACGGGACGCUCUACCAGUCAGUUCCUUAUAGCCAGCUAAUUAUCGAUGGGUUACUGACUGUGAUCUUGGUGUUGGAGGGCUUUCAGGACAAUACAGAGGUAGAAUACCUGGCUGACGGCUCUUGGGGGAUUUGUUAUAGAUGGCGUGAGCAGAACACAAUCUUCGGCACUUUUGGAGAAGAUGGAGGCAUACAGUGGUAGUAGUGUGACUGCAACCACCAGUGCUAUGUCAACGGAAGUCGCCACUGUGGACCUUACGCAGGAUUCAUCCGAGGAUGAGGCUGAUGAGGUCACAAAGCCAUAA